UUCUCUCUCAUAUAUCACCUCUCUCUCUCUCAUCCCCUCACAUCCCAGCAUUCCUUCAUAAAUUCUAUUCACAAGAAAGGCACCAUCUGCAAUUAACCUGAGAACCACCUCCUUUAUUUUACUCUCUAUUCAAAUCUAUCUCCUCCUCUUUAUAAACCAGAUCUGCUCUCUCUCUCUCUCUCUUCCUUCGCUGUAAUAACAACCAAAAAGUAGGGUUUUCUUCCUGUCCGAGAUUUUUCAAGAACAUACAGUUACCUAAAAUUCCAGCUUUUUUCACCGUGUCGGAGAUAUAUAUAUAUAUAUACACACACAAACAGAGAAGCAAGAAGAGAUGUUUCAGCCGAACAUGUUCGAAAGCCACCACCACCUGCUGGAAAUGGCCGGCCACAAACCGCCGGAAAAUAAUGAGAUGGACCACCUGAUCCGGGACGAAGAGUACGAGAGCAAAUCCGGCACCGACAUAAUGGAGCCCACCUCCGGCGACGACCAGGACCCCAAUCAACGCCCUAAGAAGAAGCGCUACCACCGCCACACCCAGCACCAAAUCCAAGAAAUGGAAUCGUUUUUCAAAGAGUGCCCACACCCUGAUGAUAAACAGAGGAAGGAGCUUGGCCGCCGGUUAGGGUUAGAGCCUCUGCAGAUUAAGUUCUGGUUCCAGAACAAACGCACCCAGAUGAAGUCUCAACACGAGCGCCAUGAAAACACAAACCUUCGCAACGAGAACGAGAAGCUACGGGCGGAGAAUGUACGGUACAAAGAAGCUCUGACUAAUGCCACCUGUCCAAACUGUGGUGGUCCUGCUGCCAUUGGAGAGAUGUCUUUCGACGAACAGCAUCUCAGGAUCGAAAACGUUCGCUUGAGAGAAGAGAUUGAUAGGAUAUCGGGAAUAGCUGCAAAGUACGUCGGAAAACCAAUGCUGUCAUACCCACACCUUUCAUCCGCUUCAUCUCGUUCGCUCGAUCUUGGAGUGGGGAGUUACGGCACACAGACAGGUGGGAAUAUUCCGGGAGAAAAUAUUUACGGAGCUGCGGAUCUUCUUAGGUCAGUAUCGGGCCCCACCGAUGCGGACAAGCCAAUGAUCAUCGAGCUAGCUGUCGCAGCCAUGGAGGAGUUGAUAAGAAUGGCUCAAAGUGGGGAGCCUUUGUGGAUUUCAAGCAGUGAUAGCUCCGUCGAGAUAUUGAGUGAAGAAGAGUACGUUCGGACAUUCCCACGUGGCAUUGGUCCGAAGCCGCUAGGGUUUAAGUCGGAAGCUUCUAGAGAGUCGGCUGUUGUGAUUAUGAAUCAUGUCAACCUUGUCGAAAUCCUCAUGGAUGUGGAUCAAUGGUCGAAUGUGUUUGCUAGUAUUGUGUCUAGGGCAAUGACUUUGGAAGUGUUGUCGACCGGGGUGGCGGGCAAUUACAAUGGAGCUUUACAAGUGAUGACCGCGGAGUUUCAGGUGCCUUCGCCAUUGGUUCCGACUCGAGAGAACUAUUUUGUAAGAUACUGCAAACAACACGGCGAAGGAAUUUGGGCAGUUGUCGAUGUUUCGUUGGACAACCUAAGACCUACUUCUGUAUCUAGAUGCAGAAGAAGGCCUUCUGGUUGUCUCAUUCAAGAAUUGCCCAAUGGCUACUCUAAGGUUACAUGGGUUGAGCAUGUGGAAGUGGACGAUAGAUCGGUUCAUAAUAUCUACAAACCGCUCGUAAAUUCAGGUCUUGCUUUCGGUGCUAAACGUUGGGUGGCAACGCUCGAUCGGCAGUGCGAACGUCUUGCGAGCGUUAUGGCUAACAGCAUUGCAGCUGGUGAUGUUGGAGUAAUAUCUUCACCGAAAGGAAGAAAGAGUAUGCUGAAGCUGGCGGAGAGAAUGCUGAUGAGCUUCUGCUCCGGUGUGGGUGCGUCCACCGCGCACACGUGGACAACGUUGUCUGGAAGUGGGGCCGAUGAUGUUAGGGUUAUGACAAGAAAGAGCAUGGAUGAUCCAGGCAGGCCACCGGGCAUUGUGCUUAGCGCUGCCACCUCGUUUUGGCUCCCGGUCCCACCUAAAACCGUUUUCGAUUUUCUUCGCGACGAGAACUCGCGAAGCGAGUGGGAUAUUCUCUCGAAUGGUGGAUUAGUUCAAGAAAUGGCGCACAUUGCGAAUGGACGCGAUCCCGGGAACUCCGUCUCUUUGCUUCGUGUUAACAGUGCAAAUUCAAGCCAGAGCAAUAUGCUGAUACUGCAAGAGAGUUGCUCCGAUUCGACCGGCUCGUUCGUGGUGUACGCUCCGGUGGAUAUCAUAGCCAUGAACGUGGUUUUGAGCGGCGGAGAUCCCGAUUACGUGGCGCUUUUGCCGUCUGGUUUUGCUAUACUACCUGAUGGACCUGAAAACAACAAUAAUAUUAUUAAAAACAAUAACAAUAACGAUGAAGGUGGUAGUGGUGGGCCCGAUGUUGGAAACGGUGGGUCCCUAUUGACGGUUGCGUUUCAGAUACUAGUUGAUUCCGUGCCAACGGCUAAGCUUUCUCUUGGCUCGGUGGCGACUGUUAAUAGCCUUAUUAAGUGCACCGUGGAGAGGAUCAAAGGUGCCGUUUCGUGUGAUGGUGCUUAAUGCAUGUGAGGAUCGGAGGAAGAAGUAACGAAGAAGUCAAGAACGCACCUUGAAUUAAUCCUUGCCGGGUGGUGUUUAUUAUGAAUUAUUACGACUAAAGCGACGAUUUUCACCAGACUGCAAGGGUAAUUGGUUCGGGUAUUGACUCUGCCUACUAAAUAUCUCUUUAUUAAGUAAACAGAUACCUUUUUUGUUUUUAACAACAUCGUAAGAGAUUCUCUCGUAUUUAUGUUUUUUAUUUUAUUUUUAAUUUUAUGUCGAAGUUUUUCGGAGAUUUGAAUGAGGUUUUAAGUAGUUACCAGACAAUGCAUGGAUGUUGAUCAAAUCUUUCGUUUGUUCGUUCUAACGAAACAGUAGUGAUUCCCCUUGUUUAAUUUACUGCUGUAUUUUGUUAAUUUAAUUCAGUGUUUUUACUUUUAACUUUGCUA